AGUCACACCACAAACUUAUAAACUACCCAUAGUGACGAGUAAGACGUUUGGAGAAUGAAUCAUAGGAGGACGCCCUGCACCCCACUGAACACCACCGCAACCACAAUGAAGAAAUGUGUAAUUGCCUUUUCGUCUAUCGGUUCUCCGUCAACGUCGUGCUGUUCUCAUUGGCCACGAUUGUCCUCAUUCUUCGCAUGGUGAGCUGAUCCAGGAUGGGCGCAGAGGAUCCCCUUCCAGCCGGCAAAUUCUUGUUUCUUAUUAUCUUUUUUAAAAAAAAUCCUCACAAAGCGCACGAAUAAAUGUUUGUUGAGCUGUGGAAAUGGUA